AUGGAAAUCAGAGCAAAACAAGUGCCCCCCUCCCCACAGAUCUAUGAGGACUCCAUCGUGCUACAGUCGGUGUUCACCAACGCUCGCGAGCUGCUGGAGCAGUCAGGUGACCUGCCGUCACCCGGGCAACACGAACGGGAGGACAGCGAGGAGGAGGAAGAGGAGGAGGGGUCCGAGUCGGAGUCUCGCUCCUCACUCAAGAUGAAGAUCCGAGUAGGGAAGGGGGAAGGCAGAGGAAAGUCCAAGGGUAAGAGCCCUCGCAGGAAGCCAGGCCGACCCAAGAAAGCCGUCGUCAGCGAUGAUGAUGACUCAGACACCAACGAGCAGCAGCAGGCUCCCAGCGAGGAGGUUGCGUGGUGACUCAUCGCUUCCUGCCGUGUCCGGGCGCGGGAGACGAGACGCGUGACGAGGCGUGGGAUGAGCUGGGAGACUGUCCCUCGUCCUCCUCACCCUCUGUCUGCUCCUGUGCACGACGAUAGGUGAUAUCAGAACAUGCAGUUUGGUACACGGAUACUUACAGAAGGGAAUGAAUGCAGUGCUCGAUAUUUAAAGUGAUAUAAUGUAAGAUUUUCAUCAUUUUAAACAUCAUUAUUUUACACAUUUUCUUAUAUACACGUAAGCCUACCUGGGUUCAUAAUGACAUUUGGGGAGUAAAAGAUCAACGUUCUUGUGCCACAAAAAUGCACCGGAAGAUGCCAAAGGUACUCGAAUGAAAACUGCUGUUUCUUUACAUUCUUUUGAGGAGCCUCCUAAAAAAACAGCGGGCCUGGCGCAACUUACUCUCGCACUGCUUAUUCUCGAGUCACCGGAAAAGCGAAAUAGCAACAAAUUAUGUUGGAAGCUAUUGAAAUUGACAAUCUAGAUGAGAAAAUUUCAAUCAUUCAUAUUUACAGUCUUGGUACAAAAAUCUUACAUAAUAUCGCUUGAAAAUCUAUAUAUUACAUUCUAAGUAAGACACAAGAAGAACACACAAUUGAGGAGUCUUAUAAAUACUAUUUAUCAACACAAGAAGCACUUAGCGACCACAAUACCUUAUAAUCUCAGAGACUAAAGAAAAAAAAAGGAAAAAGAUGAAAGAUCUACUGUACACUGUGACAUGGUAAAGCUUUUCAGUCACCUUCUAGUUGGGAUGUCAUGGCUAAACAAUUACUGUAAACUUGAUUCAUGUAAAUGUUAUAGGUGUCUACUGUGUACUAUAAAAUGAACACUAGUCAUCUUUAUGGUUAAGCACAUGGUUGUCAUUAGUCUCAGUAUGGCAGG